CCUCGCUUCCACACAAAAGCAUCUUGAAGCAUCAUCCAUCGAUCGCGAAAAUGGCACAUGUUGACCUUAUUAAAGGUCCACAGCCAUGGGCGAUACUGUUAAUUGGAAUUGCAUUUGCGAUGUACGCCUUGCGAAAGCGAUGGAAACAGCAGAAGGCCAAGGUGAGGAGUGAGCCUCAGUGCACACUCAUCCAUAUAUGUUCAACUGCGUCUGCAUCUAUUUCUAACGCACGCACACAUAGGCAUCCGUCUCACAGCCGAUCUCUGCCAGGGAGGACAACAAGGAGAAGAAGAACUCAGAAUACUCAAAAGCCACAUACUACCACAUCGAACCCCUCCCACACUUCAACCUCGCAGAAGAAGAGCCCAUCAAAAUAAGACCUUUCAAGCCGAAAUACCAUCUAACUAUGGCCAUCGAGAACACCACACCCUCCGACCUCCUCGCCAUGGACAAAACGUACCCACAGCGCAUCCACCUGCGCCGCGCCCUGCUGCGCGACAGACAGCCCGACGUGCUCGCCCAUAAUCCCGCCAUCGAGCCCGCAGUGCGCGAAUUCUACGCCUGGCUCACUAACACGUAUCUCCCGUCGCGUUUCCCCACGCUCUUCACGCGCGAAGCCGACACCGACGCCCUGCGGAACCACGCCACGGACGAGCUUCUGCCGCUACAUGUUUCCCCCGGCGCCGGCGGCGCGGAACAAGCACUGCAGCUCAUCGGCGCCAAUAUCGACACCGAUUUUCUCUUCCUUCUGCCCAUCCCCCCGGAAGGCCUUUCUUCUCCUCAUGCAGCCGCCACCACGACGACCACCAAGUACCGCCUCGAAGGCUUCGUCACCUGCUUCCCGAGCGGGUUCGACACACGACGCAAGCUCAACCUGGCGCUCGCGGACAUCCACGCGCCGGUGCCGGGCUACGGCGCGAAGCUGGAGCGCAGCAUGGAUCGCUUCUUCGCGGCGCUUCCGGUGGGGCGCGUCGUGAAGCGGUGUAAUUGGAGUGUUACGACAAAUCGGGAGCUUUUUGCUCUGAGGGGGAAUCAUUUGAGCGAGGAGGAGUUAGCGGCGAGAGCGGGGAAGGGAAAGGAAGAGGAAGUAGAUUUGGACGAGUGCGUGUUGAGGUGUGAACGGCAGACGCUGCAUCGGCUGCCCGAAAGCAAAGCGUUGGUGUUCGCAUUUAAAACAUAUCAAUACGCGCUGCAAGAGAUCAAAGACGAAGGAAACGGCGAAGCGCUAGCCAGCGCGAUCGAAGGCCUUGGCCAAGGCAGCGUACCAGGGAUGCGGGUGUACAAGAGAGAAGUCAUUUGGGGGAAGAAAGUCAAAGCCUUCUUACGAGGACAAGAGAAUCGAAACUGACGAACUGUUGUCGUCGCUGCAUUGAUGCGUAUAUGUAUGUGUCCCUGAAAUCCUUCAAUUCAGUACGGCAAGCACACCGUCCUCUUCAUGCGCUGCCGCUCUGAUAUCUGC